AUGUCCUCUUCUAUACGCAAUGCCGCCCCACGGCGAAACCACAAAGAGCGCGGUCAGCUUGCGAACCGUAAGAAGCUCGGCCUGCUCGAGAAGCACAAAGACUACAUCCUCCGAGCGCGGGAUUACCACUCUAAGCAGGACAGGCUGAACCGGCUGCGGAUCAAGGCUGGUGAGCGGAACAAGGAUGAAUUCUACUUUGGGAUGGUGAAGGGGAGGACGGAGGGAGGCGUGCAUGUUCAGGAGAGGGGGAACGUAUCCCUCCCAGUGGAUGUGGUCAAGGUCCUCAAGAGUCAGGACGCUAACUAUAUCCGAACGCAGAAGGCUGCCAACCUCCGACGGAUCGAGGCACUCAAAGCCCAGUUGGUUCUGUUGGCGGACUUGCUACCGUCGACGAGCGGACUCACGGCUAGCGAAUUGAAGACGCUGAAAACUGCUGGGCUGGUAGCUGGCUCUGCAUUGAGCAAGGGCAAGCUGUCAGCUGUGAAACGCACUGGACAUGUGGUGUUUGCGGAAACGGAGGAAGAAGGUAUGCCUGUUAUGUCCACUGCGGGUAAGGACGAAGAUGGUGACGAGGAGUUCCACAUAGACACCACCCCAAUGGACCUGGACGCCCUUGGCUGGCUGCCCCCUUCUUCAAAAGGCAAACGCCGAAGCACUGCACCCUCCCAGGCCGCAAGUGACCCCGACCUCAAUGAGCUCUCCACAGAGGCCGAACGCAUACAGCACCGUUCACACUUGCUCGCGGAGCUUGCUGCCCGCCAGCUGAGGGACCAUCAGCUCCGGUUCGCCCUCUCUGAACUGGAGCUGCAGAAGGUGCUCAUGGGCCCCGGAGGGAAGAAGAAGCUUAGAGAGGCGGAGGAGGUCAAGUUUGAUGAUGAUGUGGAGAAGGGGGAUGAGGAUGGGGAGGAGAGGAAGAAGGAAGAGAGGACGUGGAGGCCGAGGGUGUUUAAGUGGAAAUUUGUUAGGAGCAAGUGA